AUGUUCUUAAAGCACAUCGACUUGACAACCGCACUGCGGCCUUCGUACCUGCCCGAUGAAGACCUGCUUUUCGUGCAAGACAAUGUGGGGUUCAAGUUCAAACUCCCGAAUCAGCAAAAUGGCCAGGUUUACUUGACAUCGCAUCGGAUAUGCUACGUCGACAAGGCAGAGCCAAGAAAGUACUCGGUUGCGCUGGACCUGAAAGAUGUGGAGCGCUAUGAGUUCUAUGCUGGCUUUUUCAAGUCCUCUCCAAAGAUCACCUUGAUACCCAAAGCAACAAAGCGUGCGCCCCUUCAACAGCGCUCUCCAGCUCAUGUCUCUAUUCCUUCCCGGAGCGGCAAUUCCUCGCCAGCCCAUCGCCAAGAUGGCGUCCUCCGGGUAUCACCAGUUGAGCCUACGCCCGUGAGCGCAGCCACCUGGGUUUGCACCAUCUGCAGCUUCUCAAACCCUGUCCCGUCCAACUUUGACCCUACUGCCGCCAACGCUCAUACACCUCUGCCUCCGUGUUUGGCAUGCGGCAUUAAGCCAACCCUAACCCAUGUUCUGAAAGCCGCAAUCAGCAAUGCAUCAACCCGUGGACCAUCGAGUCCGGCUCUCCAAACGCCGCUACCCGUGAGGCCGAAGCAAAUCUCUGACCUAACCUCACCACAGUCUCCAGGCCUCACAGCACCCCCCCGAAGUUCAGAUCCCGAUGCCUCCUUCCACUGCCCACGAUGUACCUUUGCCAACCAUCCCUCUCUCCUAUCCUGCGAAAUAUGCGGCGCCUCACUCAUCUCCCACGACAUCCCAGCCAGUCUCACUCAGAGCCCCCGAACCAACACGGAAUCUCCCGGCCCCUUCCUCAACUCCACCGCCCCCGCCCCAGUUGGCCUGGAAAGCCCAGAGAACGUCAAGCUUUCUUUCCGCCAUGGUGGUGAGAAGAUAUUCUAUGAACGUCUCAAAGGCUGCAUGACGCAGCGGAAAUGGCUUCUCCAGAACGCGCCCCCCAUCCCCAAGUCAUCUCGCUCCGAUGGCACCAACGGUGGUUCUGGUACUGCCGGGUCAUCAGAACCGGAGAGACAACGGCCCAAGAUUGGUGGUAUUGCCGGCCUGGAGCGGCAAACUCAGGCGAUGCGCAAGAAUAACGAGCUCGUCAUUGGAAACGCCUUUGAAGACUUGGAAGCGCUCAUGGCAUCGGCGAAGGAGAUUGUAGCUUUGGCGGAAAGUUUCGCGAAACAAGUCAGAGGCGCUGGGGGCUCGUCCGCGAGUGAGAAUGCUCUGUUGGCCGAGUCGGCAAGUCAGCUUGGGUUGAUCACCACGAAGGAUAUUGUUGGGAGUAAUGGGGGCGACUCUUUGUAUCUGAGUGAGUUGGCAAGGACGUUGGCCGAGUUUUUGACGGAUGACAGGAGGGGGGUCUUGAGAAAGGCCGGGGGAGUAAUCUCACUUGUGGAUCUAUGGGCUAUGUUCAACCGAGCCCGAGGCGGAGUCGAACUGGUUAGUCCCGCAGACUUCGAGAAAGCAGCGAAUCUAUGGGAGAAAUUGGAGUUGCCGGUUAGGCUGAGGGUGUUUAAAUCAGGGGUGAAGGUUGUACAGAGCAAGGAUAGGACGGACGAGUCGACGAUCAAGGCGUUACUGGCUUGGAUGAAGGAUUUGCAUGAGUUUCCUCCUGAGAAGGAGGUGUCGUGGGAUUGGCAUGAGUUUGGGAGGGGGGUUACUGCGAGAGAUGUGGCGGAGAGGUUUGGGUGGAGUAUUGGUGUUGCCGAGGAAGAGUUGGAGAUGGCGGAGGAAAAGGGGGUGCUUUGUCGGGAAGAAGGGAUAGAGGGGUUGAAGUUUUGGGAGAAUUUUAUUGACACGGGGGAAGGAAAGGGGUAUAAAGACGAGGCGACGCUGAAGGCGGAGUUGACGCUCAAGAUGUUGAGGGAGAGUGGGUUUAUUUGA